ACAUACCAUUUGGUGAGCUAGCAACAACGUCGCCAUAGCAGCCUGAUUGGUUACAAACACAUAUAAAAAGACUUUGUACAGUAGACCCCUUCAAGUUAUCAAUCAAGGACCUUUGUCUUUAGCCUCAAUACCUUCCUAUUAUAUCUCCGGGAUCACGUAGGAUUUUUAUCUUUUCUCCAAGAUUCUUGGCAAAAGUGACAUUUUUGAAGAAGGCAAAUCCCUUUGGAGAGUGAUUACGCAUCAUCAUCAUCAUCUGAGAAAAUGGCUUCUCCCAAGAGCAUCGCUGUUCUCUGCCUCUCGAUUUGCAUCAGUGCCCUUCUGUCUGGGAUUUGUGAAGCUCAAACUACAGACUUAAUCACUAUCGAUACGAGUGCACCGACAACAGCACUGGAUACGACUGAUUCAGCGACAACGUCACAAGACCCAACUGAUACAAGUGCCCCAACAACUGAAGCACUGGAUACGACUGAUUCAGGUGCAGCGACAACGUCACAAGACCCAACUGAUACAAGUGCCCCAACAACUGAAGCACUGUAUACGACUGGUUUAGGUGCAACGACAACGUCACAAGACCGAACUGAUACAAGUGCACCAACAACAGCACUGGAUACGACUGAUGCAGGUGCAGCGACAACGUCACAAGACCCAACUGAUACAAGUGCCCCAACAACUGAAGCACUGUAUACGACUGGUUUCGGUGCAACGACAACGUCACAAGACCCAACUGAUACAAGUGCACCAACAACAGCACUGGAUACGACUGAUGCAGGUGCAGCGACAACGUCACAAGACCCAACUGAUACAAGUGCACCAACAACAGCACUGGAUACGACUGAUGCAGGUGCAGCGACAACGUCACAAGACCCAACUGAUACAAGUGCACCAACAACAGCACUGGAUACGACUGAUGCAGGUGCAGCAACAACAUCACAAGACACCACUGAUACAAGUGCACCAACAACAGCGCCAGACACCCCUGAUCCAACAAAUGCACCAACAACAGCGCCGGACACCCCUGAUCCAAGUGCACCAACAACAGCGCCAGACACCCCUGAUCCAACAAAUGCACCAACAACAGCGCCGGACACCCCUGAUCCAAGUGCACCAACAACAGCGCCAGACACCCCUGAUCCAACAAAUGCACCAACAACAGCGCCGGACACCCCUGAUCCAAGUGCACCAACAACAGCGCCAGACACCCAUGAUCCAAGUGCCCCAACAACAGCGCCAGACACCCCUGAUCCAAGUGCACCAACAGCAGCGCCAGUCACCCCUGAUCCAAGUGCCCCAACAACAGCGCCAGACACCCCUGAUCCAAGUGCACCAACAGCAGCGCCAGUCACCCCUGAUCCAAGUGCCCCAACAACAGCGCCAGACACCCCUGAUCCAAGUGCACCAACAGCAGCGCCAGUCACCCCUGAUCCAAGUGCACCAACAACAGCGCCAGACACCCCUGAUCCAACAAAUGCACCAACAACAGCGCCGGACACCCCUGAUCCAAGUGCACCAACAACAGCGCCAGACACCCCUGAUCCAAGUGCCCCAACACUUGGAUCAAACACCCCUGAUCCAAGUGCACCAACAGCAGCGCCAGUCACCCCUGAUCCAAAUGCACCAACAACAGCUUCGAAAACCCCCGAUCCAAGUGCACCAACCGAAAAAAAGACUACACCCCAGCCUACUGAAGGUGCCGAUCCUACAACAAGUCCUCCAGAGGAAUCCCUUUCUGCUGGUGCCAUUGCAGGUAUUGUCAUUGGUUCGGUGGUGGGAGCUGGAAUCAUUGCAGCUGGUGUCGGAUACGCUAUCUAUCACUUCAAAACAGUUACACAGGUUGCUCCGGUCAGCAACGAUAUUGAGAUAGCGAACAUAUCUACGGACAAUGUCGUUGAAAUAAACGACAAGACAAAUCUAACACCACCGGAUGAUAAUCAACCGUAAAGUGAUUUCAAGAGAGACAUGAAUAUCAUAUUCGAAGUGGCUAUAUGAUUUAUUAUUGGUUUGUACAUGGAUGUGACAUGGAAUGGAAUCCUUAGACCGUAUUCACCUUUACGCGGUGGCAAGCUGUUUCUAAUGGAUCUAGACUGUGCUGCUUGAACACGCAAUAUGUGUCGCGGUUGAAAAUACAGUUUCAGAGUUCAAUUUAUCUACAUUUGUCUUUGCAGGAAUUUUGCAAACAAAAACAUAAUAUAUUUUCUCGGUGGAAGCAUCUGCUACCAAAAUAAAUGUUGCCAAAAUCAAUGAUUUUGUUUUUAUCCCAUUAUUUCGCAAGUACACAUUCAACGAGCGAAUUUAGUCAUAUGUGGCUUCCCAUAAGUAUUGCUGAUAUGAAGUUUCAUUAUCCAUUUUAAUGCUGAAAGUAUGACAGAGAUCAAUAAGCUACCCUAGAACAAUAUACAAUCAUACUAUGAUGGGCCAAACCCGGCAUAAUUCUUUUUCUCAUUUGUAGUUCUAGUUCACAAAAUUGUAUAAUGAUUGAUGACAUAGAAUCAAAAGGACCAAACUCAACAAGUUCGAUAACAUUCGUUUCCUUACAAGAUGUUUUACAAUGAAAUCAAGGUUUAAGCGCGAGAUACUUAAAGUACACUGUUCCGCCUUUCUUUCUUGUGCGGCGAUAUUAAAUUAAAUUGAAAUAGGGAAGGGGCGCAAUUACACUUCUGUUUGAGCGCAGCAUGUAUUUUAAAUGGUCAAGCAGAACCCAUAUGACACUCUCUUAAGUUGAGCUAGAGUGUUUAAAAUAAUUAUCACGCUUAUUGAGAACAUUCAAAUUUGUCAGCAUUCCAAUACUGAUGACUGAAAAGCACAAAUGCUAAAAGUUUUUCCAGUCUGAAUGCCUUGCGAAGUCAUUUCAUUGACAUCAAUUAAGAUGCAGUCACUACAAGAGACCGAUUUUAGACCGGUCAAAGAGAGUAUUAUUUAUUUUAAAUGUUAUUUUGAAUGACAAAUAUCAGCGGAUUUAGGAAUCGUUUUGUUGGUGUGACUCAAUGGCGGAUCCAGGGGGAGGGGGCAUUUCUGGCCCGUGCCCCCCCCCCCCCUUGAGUGUCAUAGUCAAUAUUUUUAAUGUAGUUAUGUCGUUCAUACGCAAGUGUUAGUCUGCUGUGCAAACCCUUUACUCGAGUAAAGGGUCUGAAUUGCAGCCUACUCAUGCCUUGUGUACUUAACAGCAAGUUUUGUAUGUGCUAGUCUUUGCGUGGAGACACACUUGUAGAUCAAAGUUUCAAUCAGGGUCUUUGCCUGCAGACUAUACACAAGUGUGUCCUCCCUCACUUUGACAGUAACAGCAAGUAUUUUUAUUGGGAAUUUGUCGCUCGUACACAAGCGAUGUCCUAUUUAUUUUGCUUGUCAAAUUUAACGCGGGACAAAAGGACAUUCAUUUUUUGGUAACAAUAUAUUUUUUUCCUCGUCAAAUUUUCCUUGGGUACAUGUGCCCCCCCCCCCCUUUGGAAAAUCCUGGAUCCGCACUUUCAAACAGAGUAUAUCUUCCUUCAAACUUUUAUGAUAAUCCAGCAGCGAUUUAAUUUUGACCGUUGGUGGCUUUAUUAGAAUAAUAAAAAUAGAUUCUUUCCAUCAUGUCCAUAGGGUCUGGAUCCAUUGCUUUUAUUGAAUUGACUUGUUGAUACCAGAAAGCAGUUUAUUAUUCUUUUUUUUUUUCGAGUUUUCUUUAUUUUUCUUUCAGCACAUGAAAAUUAAAGAAAUCAUCAGAAUAUAUAUAUUCUGAUGGAAAGAUAGUGGAUCACCCUCUUUUGCAAAAUAACUCUUCUGGUUUUUUUUAUUAGUUGGUACUUUGUUUUAUUGUAAGUAAAAAAAAAGUGUCUUUGAAAGAUAAUAUUUUAAUAGAGUUUAUGUAUGUAUAUAUUUGUAAUGUUGUAUUUCAUACAUCAUAAUACGUAAGCAAUCUCAAUUUUCAAUCAUUAUAGUAGCUGAGCCACACCGUGCUUAUUAUUUAGAUCGUGAUUGAUCUAGAAUAAAUUGUAUUUUAAGACUUUGUAGAUGAAAAAAGUUUUUCACCAUAGAGAUAUAUUGUAUCUCUAUGAUUUUCACACUUUUUUUUAAAUUCAGUUCAAUACAUUGAGUUUAUUCAACAACCCUCCUUCUCUCUCCCUCUCUCCUUCUCUCUCUUUCUCUCUUUAAAAAAAUCAACUUUAUAUUAGUGCACAUGUAAUAUUAAAAAUAUGUACAUUCCAUCUUGCGAUUAUUAUUUUAACUUUUUAGUAUGUGGUCAAAUAUAUUUUUUCUCAUUGAAACUAAUGAAAAUAUAUAUGAUUAAUUCUAUGCAACAUGCAGGGCACAGAGUGGUUCUCGAGCAUGCAAUCAAUCGGAAUUUUAAAUAUAUUUAUACUAGUAAUAAAACUAAGUUUCGGGACUUGCCUUUUUAUACAAGCUCUGCUUUUCUUGACAAGUCCAUCUGUUCAGUUAAUUCAUCGUCGAUAUGUGUUAUAAAAUAUCAAUGAACUGUAUGUAUUAUUUUGAACAUGUACUUGUACUGUUACUUCGAUUAUAUUAAUUUGUUGAACGGAAAUAAAUAAAUCUUAAUCUAAUUCUAUACUUAUUUUAUUGUUUGAGGAAAUUUGCUAAUUGUGAUAAUGAUAAUGAUUAAUUUAUCAUGUAUUUACAAAAUACAGUCAACGAUAUCAACGUAAUAUUCUUGAUGAAAAUUAUUAUUAUUCUUUAAUCAAUGAAACUGAUAUUGCACAACUUCACAAUACUUCGCAUUUAUUUUUAGAAGUUCCUGUAGAGAACACUUAUUUCGUGUCCCUUUUUUCGUAAAAGGGUAUUUAAAUCAUAUUUGGACAGUUUCAAAUUAUCAUUUAUAUUUCGAAUGAUAAAAUUAUGUAUUUUCUGAAAUGUAAAUGGUUGAUAUUCUCGUAGCAUUGAUUAUAAUUCAAAGGGGAGGGUCACCCUCUUGGUUUAAAACAAGCAGAAACAGAGAAAAAUAUUUGUGAGGGUUUGCUGAAAAUCUGUCGAAAAAUGACGGUGUUAUGAAGUUUUAAACUUUUGAUUUCGUGACCUCACGUGUGAGUAGCUUCUCCAUUGUAUAUCAUGGUAUGUAAAUUCCCAAAAGGCUAUUUUCUCAAAUAUAUGGAAAUUGACUUUAUAUGUACGGUUAAUAUAAGAUCAGAAACAUCAUUUUCAUACUCCCUUCUAUAAGCAGAAUUUUGUAUUCAUCAAAUUCCAUUAAAAGUUUGAACUUUGGAAUUUAUAUACAUAAAUAUAUUUAUAGGGAGGCUGCUCGUAUAUGACGCUACAAACAUAAAACUUGAGAUAUUUAUAACUCUUUUAUUAAUUGGAUUUCCAUCAAACAUUCACCGAUAUUUUCUCAUAUUUUCUGCUUUCAUUAAAAGCAUAAAGGUGAGCUUCUCCUUCAACUUCAUGUUGACUUACACAUUAUUUUAAUAGAAUGUUACCAGCUUAUUCACCAAAGUUGGGGUGUUUUAAACCUGAAAUGAAAACAUUUUCAAAAAUUCAACUUUGUUGUGAAAUUCUUUGGUAUAUCGUCUUUUUUUACUAAUACUCAAGAAGGUAGACGAAAACAAAGCAUUCAAUAGAUAGUAUGUACUAUAGUCAGGAUAGUUCAGAGAAUACAACCAUAUAUGCCUUUAAUAUAUUUUUUAUUCAUCAGGACACCUUGAGAUAUAGUAUUCAAGAUCAUUGUAUUGUCAUCAUCGCUCUUUUUUUUUAUAGAAAUAUUAGUCAAAUUUAAUCAUGUCGUGUCGGUGUAUUGUAACGACUUUUUGCAUUUAUAGUCUUGUAAUUGGUCAUUUUGAAAUAUAAAUAUUUCUCAGAGAGUGUACGUUGAGAGGUGUCAUCUCUUUCCUGUUGAAGAGUGUAUUAUGUUUACAGUGAAUGAGAUUAAAUGCAAAUUAUUUCCA